CUGGCCCCCGCGGCCUCCUGGGCGCUGGGCGCUACUGCGGGUGGUGCUCGGGUCGGCUCGGCCCCAACGAGUCGUUGGCGCUGGCCCUGAACGGCCAGCUGUGGGAGGUGUGCGAGCUGUGCUACCUCCUGGCGCUGUCGCGGCAGCACGCCUGGCGGGCCCGGCUGACGCCGGGCGAGCGUGCGGUGCUGCUGGAGCAGGCGCGCCACCUGACGGCACUCCUGGCGGCGCUGGCCGGCCUGGCGGACGAGGCGCAGUGGCGGCGGGCCGCGGGCGUGGCCACGCCCAAGGGGGCGCAGGAACCGCAGAAGGUGGCCCCGGCGCGGGGCCCGCCCGCCGCCGCGCCUGGAGGCGAUGCGCCUGGGGCGCCGCCCGGCGCCGUGGCUGGGGUCGGCGCGGCCCUCGUGGGGGCCCUGGCUGCGCUUCCCGCUCCAGGAGGGGGGCCGCCGCCCGGCGCGCCGCCGGCGCCUGGGCCCCUCGCGCUGCCAGGGGCGGCUGCUGCUGGCGCUGGUGGCGGCGGCGCGGCGGCCGCUGCGGGGCCGGCGCCCGUCGGCGGGGGCGCCGCGGCGCUGGAGCGGCUGGUGGGCGGCCCCUGGGUGGGCUCGCCGGCCCUGCAGCACGGCGCCUUCGCAGCGGGGACGGUGCUGGAGACGCCCACGCACGACCCGACGGGCCAGGUCGACGGCACGGCGCUCUUCGAGGCCGUGGAGGCGGGCGUGCCGGGCCCCGACGGGGUCUACCUCUCCGUGAACUUCAGGGGCGCCUCGCUCCCGGCCCGCGCCCUGGAGCUGGACCUGAGCUUCCCUGCCCCAGGCGCCGGGCAACCAGGGGCCCUGCAUCUCUGUGCGGGCGGCGCCGCUGCCUGCAGGGUCCCGCGGCUGGUCGGGCGCGGCGAGCGGCACGCCGACUGGCUGCGCCUGAGGUCGGCUCGGAGCCUGGUCGAGCCGCGGGUUCGGCCGACCUUCCGACCGCCAGGCGGCGGUGGGCCCGGGGGCGGCGCCGCCGUUGCGCCAGCGCGGGGCCGCCUCGCGGGGGCUGCGGCUGGGUUCGCGGCGGCUGCGGCUGCUCUGGAGGCGGCCGGCUCGGCAGCUCGCCCGCUGGCGGCCCGCCGUCGCCGCCGCGAGCAGUCGCGAAGCGACAGCGAGGAGCGGGCUGGCGGUGACCAGCUGGAUUUCCGCGACGCCCCCUCCCGCGGCAACGCCAUUGAGGCGGUGGCCGACGGGCGCCCAGGCACGCUGCACGACGAAACGAUUGCCCAGAUCGCGCGCGUCAUGGGCCUGCGGGAGGGGGCGGACGGGCAGAGGGUGCGCCCUCGCAUCAGGGGCUACCUCCAGGCCGUGGUGUUCGGCCACCACCACCACCCGAUCCACUCGGUCGGGGGGCGGACGGUGCGCGAGCUCCAGACGCUGGCGGCAGCGAUGGACCUCCUCGAGGACGGGUCGCUGGCGUCGAUCGCGGACGCGCUGAUGCAGCGGUUCAAGGCGCUGGAGAUGGCGCUGAACGACGGCAACUGGCACAUCGCCAACGAGCUGGAGGUGGUCGAGGGGAUCCGCCCGACGAUCGCCUCCCGCGACGAGCAGGAGUCAGCGCGGAGGUCGGCGAUGCUGCGGCGGCGGCUGGAGGAGGUCCGCGCCAGGGGGGCAGCCCCCCGCCGCUGUCCCGAGGAGGCGGCGGCUGCGGAGCUGGAGCCGUGGGCGCGGGAGCGACCCCGCUCGCCGCGGCCGGGCCUUCAUCGCGACGAGGCGUGGCGCUGCCCGCCCUGGCGGAGCUGCGGCGGCCGCGGGCCAGGACGGCCCGCGGGGACAGCCCCCACCCUGGCGCUGCGGCGGCGCCGGGCCGCGUGGAGCUGCUGGGCGCUCCCGAAGUCCGCGCCUUCCGUCAGGACCAGCCGGCAGCGCAGGUCGGCGGAGAGGUGGCAGGAGAAGGCUGGGGCGGCUGCCGAGUCUUUCCGCCGCCCGCUGGAUGCGGGCCCGAUCCUCGAGGAGCUGAUGCGAGAGUUUCCAGGGUCGCUUGGGGUCUACGUGGACAGGUUUAUGCACAGCGACCUGGCCUCGCUACAGUCUCGUUUGAGGGUGAUCGUGAUGGCUAUGAACUGGGAGGCUGGCUACGGUCACUUGAAGUGGGCGGACGUCUGCGGGCCGCCCGCCGUGGCCGGGGCCCUCGACUGGUCCGAGAAGCUGAAGGACCGGGCCAUCGCGUACGACGGCUCGGAGGUCUCUACGCUGAGCAAGAUCACGCUCGGGCAGAUCGAGGGCGGCCUGCCGCCUGUGGGGGUAGCCGCCUCCAUCGAGGCCGCGGAUCUCGCCGCGGGCUUCGUGCGGGCGGCGCCGCUGGACCCCUCCCUGGUCCUCCUGCCGCCGACUCAGAGGCGCUCCGCGCCGACCUCGACGCGCGUCUGGGCGACGGCGCAGGAGUGGGGGCAGGUGGUGAGUGCCCCGCUUGCUCGCGGGAUGGUUGGCCCGACCGACGAGGACGAGAUCGCGACCAGAGACGGGGUCCCCUUUAUCAACGGGGCCUUCGGCGUGGCGAAGGUGCAUGACGCGCCAGUCCGCUGCGGCGAUGGCGAGGAGCGGCCCGUCCUUCGGCUCAUCGUCAACCUGAUCCCCGCGAACGCGUGCCAGCGCGCCGUCGCGGGGGACACCCCCGUCGCGCCGACGAUGGGGCAGCUGAACGGGCUGGUGCCGGCUCCAGGGGAGCAGCUGCUCUGGAGCGGGGCGGACCGCAAGGCGUUCUUUUACGUCUUCAGGGCGCCCCCCGCCUGGUGGCCCUACACGGCGCUGGGGCCGCCGGUGCCGCGGCGGCUGGUGGGCGGCAGCGGCGACGGGCUGACCCGUAUCGCGCUGAGGGUCAUCGGCAUGGGCUGGAUCAGCGCGGUCGGGGUCACGACGCACCUCCGCCGCAACAUGCUGAGGCGGUCGGCCCCGGCCCCCCGCGGACUGCCGCCCGCGGCCGAGGUGGCCCAGGCAGACGGCAUCGCGAUGUGGUUCAUCUACAUCGACAACCUCGAGAUCGCGGAGAUCGUGUCGAGUGAGGAGGCCGUCAAGCUGAAGGGGGCCAUCCCCGAGCUGCUGAGCCGGGCGUCGACCUGCUACGAGGAGGCCAAGUCUCCGGGAUCGCCGGGGAAGGAUGUCCACCGUGCCCAGCAGGUGUCCACGCUGGGGGACCUCGUGGAUGGCGAGGCUGGCGUGCGGCGGCCGCCGCGGGGCUACGUCACGGAGCUCGCGAGCCUGACGCUGUGGUUCCUGGCGAAGAGGCGCCCCAGCAGGCGCCUGGCGCAGAUCCUGCUGGGGCGCUGGGUUCGCGCGCAGUGCUGCCGGAGGCCGCCGCUCGCCGCCGCCUUCGUGAACGCUUGGAAGUGGCUGGCGUCGGGCCGCUCGGGCGGGCUCGUCACUCUGGGCGUCGCCGAGGACCUGCUGAUCGCGGCCGCGCUCGCACCGCUCAGCGUGGCAGACAUGCGGCUGACCGUCGACCACCUCGCGACGGCGUCCGACGCCUCGGGGGCCGCGGGGGCGAUCGUCUACUCCCAGGGGCUGUCAGACAUGGGCCGUGCCCUUGGGGCUAGAGGCCCGCGGGCGCUUAACCCCGCCUGUGAGGAGGGCGUCGCGCUGAUCUCCGUCUUCUCAGGGAUCGACGGGGCGCGCCGGGCCUUCGAGAUCCUGGGCUUGGUCCCCGCGGCGCACCUGUCGUUCGAGGUUGACGCCGAGGCUGUGCGGGUGGCUCGACGGGCGUGCCCCAGCACCGUGCACCUGGGAGACGUCACGGCCGCAGAUCCUGCGAAUCUGGCACGCCUCCUGCGGGGCCACGGCCGCGUCACGAAGGUGAUCGUGAUCGGGGGCUUCCCGCGCCAGGGCUUCACGGUGCUGAACGUGGCCCGCGAGGGGAGCGCGGGCCCGAGGUCGCAGCUGGUGGGCCACAUUUGGAGGCUCAUCGAGGGGCUGAGGCGCGAGCUGCCCGAGGCCACGGUGGACUUCCUCGGGGGGAACGUGGCGUUCAUGGCGGAGGACGAGGUCCUGGCCUUGAACAAGGUGUUCGGCCGGGUGCCGGUGUCCCUCGACGUCGCGGACCUGGGCUGGGUCCGCCGCCCGCGGCUGUGCUGGCUGUCGUGGGACCUGCUGCGCUCCUUCGAGAUGUCGGCCGAGAUGAAGGCGGCGGCGGAUGGCGCCCGGCCGCGGGCCUGCCGAGCGCGCCUGGUGACGGAGCUGCCGCCCGUCUCGGAGUGGCUGCCGCGCGGGGCCACCUGGCCCGGGGCCGCCGAGGACGGCCGCCUGCCGACCUUCGUGCGCUGGACGCCGCGGAGCUCGCCUCGGCCGCGGCCCGCGGGGCUCCGCCAGUGCACGCCGAAGGAGGUGGCGCGCUGGACAGCAGCGGGCUACGCAGCCCCGCCCUACCAGUUUCGGGACUGCUUCUGCCUGCAUUGGGCGGAUGGGCGGAAGGAGCCGCCGCGGGCAGCGGAGCGCGAGGUGCUGAUGGGGUUCAGGCGGGGCCGCGCCGCGCCCUGCAUGAGCAGCUCCGCCGCCAAGAGCGACCCCGAGCGCUUCGAGGCCAUGCGGCGGUCGCUCGUGGGCAAUUCGUUCCAGUGCGAGGUCGUGGCCUGGCUGCUGAGCCACUGGGCGGUGCAGCACUCGCUGCUGGUGGCGGUGCCAUCCCUGCGAUGCCUCCACGAGAGCUCGAGGAGCUGGUCGAUGGGCCGCAAGCUCUGGGCCGGCGACGUGGAGACGCUGCGGUGUGGGCGCGAGGCCGUGUGCGAGGAGAACCUGCACCUGCUGGAGGAGGCUGGCCGCGUGCCCGCAGCUGGCCAUGGGCAGGUGACGCGCGCCGUCUACGUCGGCCGCGGGUCGCGCCGCUGGGGGCUCGCCCCCUCCAAGUGGGGGAACCCGUACCCCGUGGUGCCAGGGCGGCUGGCCGGCGACGCCGUGGCGCUGUUCGCGGUCUGGUUGCGCUCCCAGCCCCAGCUCCUGGACCAGCUGGGAGAGCUGGAGGGGGCUCGGCUGCUCCGCCACUGCCCCUCGGGCCAGGCCUGCCACGCGGACGUCCUACUGGCGGAGCUGGAGCAGCGUGGCAUGGGGUGCUCGCGGCCUUUCCUGGGGCACCAGAAGGCGGUGGCCUCGCUGGUGAUGACGUGCCACCACUCGGGCGCUGACCUUCGAGUGGAUACCGAUGCGGAGACGCAUGGCAAGAUGUUCCCACGGCGAGAGAUCGAUGCUGGCAUUUGGAAGUGGAAGGUCGCGCGCCAGCUCGUUUGGCAAGACCAAGCCAAGCACAUCAAUGUGUUAGAGUGCGAGGCUGCGUUGAUGGCCCUGCGUUGGCGGGCCCGCUCGGUCUCACGGCAGAUGUGCGUCUUCCUCCACCUGCUCGACAGCAUGGUGAAUAUCGGUGCUCUUGCCAAGCGCCGGUCUUCGAGUCAGCAGCUCAACAAGGUAGUGCGCGCCUUUUCCAUCCUUGAGCUGGCGUUCGGAUCGCGGGCUGUCUUUGCCUUCACCUCAUCGGCAAAGAACCCUGCGGAUGCGCCAUCCCGCUUGCCCAAUGGGUAG